AUAAUGCAAUAGAUGAAGCCAUGGCUGAUCAUUGUCAUCAUAUCACAGUUAAAUUAUGCGCUGAUGGGUGGGUCGAGAUUUAUGAUGAUGGACGUGGUAUUCCUACUGGGAUUCACCCCAAAACCGGUAAAUCUGCAGUAGAAACAGUUUAUACAGUUUUACAUGCGGGUGGAAAAUUCGACAAAUCUUCAUACAAAAUCUCUGGAGGAACUACGGUAAGAUUUCUUGCUGAUCCAUUGAUUUUCGAAACUACGAAGUAUAACUCACAUACUGUUUUCACCAAAUAUAGACAAACCGCUUACCUUACACCAGGAGUAGCAUUCACUGUUAUCGAUGAAGCAAGUGAUAAGAAAGAAAGAUUCUAUUUUGAA